GACAGCCUAAAGUUGACGUGGUGUAAGUUGAUGUAAAUAAAUAAUGAUUAACUAGUCAAGUAGCAAGUAUUUACCAAAAUUUCAUACUUUUAAAUUAACUGACGUCUGUAUGCAAGACUUCGUUGAAAUAACUUUUCCUGGACAUGAAAGAACAUGGGCAGCUGCAGUGAUUCCACCAGUGACCUAGAUGAGGAGUUGCCUGUGUUUGACUUCCUCCGGCCGGGUCGACACCUCAGCCAAGCCUCCCAGAGUCGCACAGAGAAACCAGGCCUGGGCAACCUGGAUGGGUUUGAUGCAGAAGAGGCAGCCGUCUUCUUCCCUUCAAAGGGCAAUCCGGGCGGAUCUACAAGAAUAGCUAAUGUAAUGAUGAUCAGCAGCGAAUCUGAUGAUGAUGCACCUUAUGUCCCUCUGGCACAGAGACUCAAACAGAGGCAAGACAAUGUGAUUAGUGCCUCCUCCGCUGUCACUAAUAGGAAAGAUGCUGAGCAGUAUCCGCCAUCCAAUCUGGCCAGCUCACAGCUCUCAUGCCAGAAUAGCGUUUCGGAGGCAGGGCGUCUGCUCAGCUUCCAUCAGGUGAGAACAGUGAACCACGGGGUCUUGGAUGGCCCAGAGGAGACGGCGUCUCUCCCUCAGCGAUGGCUGCCUCCGAAGCCUCUCCCCAGCGCUGGAAGCACCGACACGUCUCCUGCCAAGACGAAAGCUGCCAAGCGGACGGCGGAGGAGAUCCAGGCCUCCAGGGAGGAGGCUCUGAGGAGGAGGCAGGCCAGGGAGAGACAGCAGAGGGGCAAGGAGGCACUCAGGCAGGAAGAAGAGAGACAGAAGGCAGAGAGGAAAGCUCUGGCAGAGGCUGCCAAGGCCUUGAGGCCGGAGGAGUGUAUCAAGCACAUGGUGGUGGCUGUGGAUCCAGCUCUCUUACAGCUGGAAGGAGGCGGGACUCUGCUGGCGUCGGUGCAGGCUCUGGGUUGCAGCUGCGCCAUCGAGAAGCAACCCCUCCCACGCAGUGUCAGCUGGAUGAGGAGGGCUCCCUGUGCACAGCCAGAUGAUGGAGUGUGUGUACCAGAGGCCCAUGUUGUGAUGCAGAUGACGGUUGAUGACAUCAUCACACUGAUCCACAGCCACGUUCAGGAGGAGAGGCAUGGCAGCUCUGCCUCUGGUCCCACUCUGACGUCCUGGGUGCAGGAGCAGCAGAGGUGUCACCCCGGCAAGACCCUCAGCCUGGUGGUCAUCGACCUGGAGAAAUACUUCAGAUCUCAGAAGUCACAAAGCCAGAAGAGGUUUCGAGAGGCCGUCGCAGGAGAGGAGCAAGGGGGAGGAAAAGUGAAGAAGCGACGGAAGAAUGGUGGAGCUGCGGUGCUACCUGAGGUGUCCCGAGUUGACGUAGAGGAGGCAGUAGUGCAUCUCCAGCUUCACAGCGGCGUCUCGGUCCGCUUCUUGUCAACCUGGAAGGACUUCACAGAUCACAUUACCAUGACAACCAAAGCGGUCGCAGAAGCCCCUUUCAAGCGAGAGAGGGAGAAGACGGGCUUCUCUUUCUACCUGGAGAGUGAGUGGGUGGGCGGGCAGCGGGUGGAUAAAGCUGGGAAGGGGCUGCUGCAGGUGUGGAAGAGACAGAUCCAGCAGUUGAACAGAGUCAGUCCAGACGUGGCCUCGGCAAUCCUGGCAGCGUAUCCCUCCCCACAGCUGCUCAAGAAGGCUUAUAAUCUGUGCAAGAGCAGCCAUGAGAAGAUCUCGCUGCUGUCUGACCUUCUGAUCCGCAGAGGAGAGGGCGUCACCUCCACGACCCGGCGCGUCGGUCCGGAGCUUUCCAAACGCCUCUUCCUCCUGAUGAACUCGUGUGACCCUGAGCAGACUCUGGACUCCACCGUCUGACCUUUGAAAGCUGUUUGUUUCUAAUCCCAACAGCUCUGGACUGUUCACAGUGCUGAAUUUGAUACUGAGUAGUUAGUUUUUUAUGUGACGUAUAUAUUAAAGUUUCAUCACAAUCUUAUUCAUGAAGAACACUGUCAUUAGGAAAUAUUUUUGAAGAAACACCAUGUACAUUUAUGGAAAGGAAAUUCUCACUGCGUGGAAAGCUGAUGAUUGGUCCAGCGAGCUCAGUUCUGUCUUUCAGUUGAAUUUGAGUGCGUGGAACCUCCUCGGCAAUACUGAUUAAGAUUUUCCUGAAUCUUCUUAGAGCACAACCAUAACAAACCUCUCAUUUGCUACUACUUCUGUAGCAUGCUAACACUAUAUCACCAGCUUCCUACAGCCUCGUGUGUAACCAAACUGCUAUGAAGCUAGUUAUUCUAAAACUAGAUCACUUUGCAGUUAGCAAACAUUGCUAAUCCAGGGAUCAAGUUUACUUUAGUUUGGACUCAAGCACAAGCAUUUGAAAUGUUUUAUGGAAAAUUUAAGUUUACUGGGAGGCUCAUGCUGCUAGAAGACAUACUGUAGGUGGUGAGUGCAAGGUUAGCAUGACUCAGUUAUGAAUAGGCCUUUAGGACCCAGGUUAAAAAAUACAAGCCUUUCCCUUUAAAUAAUAAUUCCUUGGCAUGUUUAAUAAUGAAGGUUUGAAGUUGUAUCUUUACAAGUAUGCUUGUUUUUAAUUUUCAUCCGUUUAAUUGUCGGUAUGACCAAACCCACGUCGUUCACGCUAAUAAAGAUGCUCACUUCUGCGUGGAACAAUAUCUCUGUGGCUCACCUGGUUUCAUUAAGCAUUAUGUGCAUUGAAACACCCAC